UAUUAUUAUAUUAAAUUUAUUUUAUUUUAAUUUGUUAAAAUGGUGAUAAGAAAAUUACCUGAAAUUAAAUUUUAUAGUAUAUAGUGUGUGUUCUAUUUAAAUUAACAUUUUUAUCAAGAUUUAUGAGUAAAUUAUAAUAAAAAGGAUAAAAUGUUUAAAUUUGGAUUUUCCGAAAAAAAUCAUGCUAAAGAAAAUAAUAUUGAUAAAGAAAAAUCUACUCUUGAAUGGAUUAAUGCAUCGAGGAUUGAAUUAACUUCAUUUAAUUACGAUCGAAAUUUUGAACCUGAUGAAUAUUUAGAAACGAAAAUCUUUGAUGAAAUAAAAUUAAAAUUAAUCCGUUCUGACCAAGUACUGUGUAAUUUAAUAAAAAAUAAUUCAGUAAAUAUUAUUGAAGCAGAAUCACAGCAUUCUGAUCUUAUACCUGCUAAAUAUGAAGGUGGUUUGAAGAUAUGGGAAUGUACUUACGAUCUGAUUGAAUAUUUAAUUAAAGAGAAUAUAACAUUUGAAAAUAAGUUAGUUUUGGAUUUAGGUUGUGGUACUGGAAUAAUUGGAUUAGUAGCACUCCUGAAAGGUUCUCUCGUUCAUUUUCAAGAUUAUAAUGCAGAAGUAAUCAAAUCAGUUACUAUAUCAAAUGUUCUAUUAAAUUUUGAAAACAAACGUAAAAUAUUAGAUAAGUGUGAAUUUUAUUGCGGUGAUUGGGCAUCAUUUGUAAAUCUUUUCAAUAAAGAUGAGAAUCAAAAGUAUGACUUCAUUUUUACCAGCGAAACUAUUUACAAUCCUGAUAAUCAUAGAAAAUUAUAUGAAGUUUUUAAGAAGAGAUUGAAACCUAAUGGCAUUGGAUUCGUAGCUGCGAAGACAUAUUAUUUUGGUGUGGGAGGUGGGAUGCGUCAAUUUGAAACUAUUGUAAAGGAGGAUCAAAUGUUCGACACUGAAGUGGUAUGGAAAAAUUCACAAGGCCUACAAAGGGAAAUAUUAAAGCUUACCUGGCUUAAAAAUAAAAUAAAAUAAAAUAAAAUAAAAAUAAAAAGAAUAUGUGUACACAAACCAAUUGAAAUUGAAAAGC